AAAGAACUACGAAUAGAAUUGUACGGGGAAUUACGUUGCAAACAGCUGUUUGUACCCAAAAGUUUAGUAAAGUUGACGGAAAAUAUUUUCUGAGCGUUUUAAAAUAAUCGUAGUAGACAAAACUGAAAUAAAUAAGUUACUAAUUGUAAAUGUGGCACCUUAUCGAGACAAAUCAUAUUUAAUUUUGGGGGCAUUUGUGUUUACGAGAAAAGUAUCAAAAUGGUAUCUUUGAAAGUUUCGUUCGUGUUAGCUGUCAAAUGAACACGCAUGUAACCUAAAACGCGUGAAUUUUAAGAAAUUACUGACACUAUAGCAAUGGAUGUUGUAACAACAAGCCUGGAGGCUCUAAUACAAAGGGUAACAAAUCCGCAAAAUCAAAAACCCGAUAUAGCGGCAACCGAAGCAUUCUGUGUAAUGCUUAUUAAAGAAACAGAAGGUAUUCAAAUCGGAACUAAAUUGCUAGCUAUGCGCAUUCAGUCAUCUAACGAGUCUGAAGCACUUCAAGCUCUCACAUUAUUGGACACAUGUAUGAGGAGAUGCGGGCCAUCUUUUCACGCAGAAAUUGGUAAAUUUCGUUUUUUAAAUGAAAUGAUUCGUCUAGUUUCACCAAAGUAUUUAGGUGGUAAAACACCAAUCAUGGUACGGCAAAAGGUAUUGCAAUUACUACAUACAUGGACAAAAGAAUAUCCAAAAGAAUUAAAAAUUAAAGAAGCCUAUGAAAUGUUGAGAAAGCAAGGUGUUAUCGAGGAUGAUUGUAUAUCUAUAAAUAACACUCAAGAGGAAGGAUUAAAAGUGUCGAAAACUAAGAGUACAAUAUUUGAUGACGAGGAGAAAUCUAAAUUGUUACAAAAGCUACUACAGAGCAAAAAUCCUGAUGAUCUACAAGCUGCGAAUAGAUUAAUUAAAACUAUGGUGAGAGAGGAUGAAAGAAGGGUACAACUGAACUCACGUAGGAUAAUGGAAUUAGAAUCUGUUCAUAACAAUGCAAAAUUAUUAUCAGAAAUGUUAGACUCUUAUAAUUGUAAUGAAACCAGUAAAGAAGACCUUGAAUUGAUGAAGGAGUUACAUCAAGCCUGUGAAAGAUUAAAACCAAUUGUACUGAAGUUAGCAAAUGAAACUCAAGAUAACGAAGGAAUGCUUGGUGAUGUGCUUGCUGCAAGUGAUGAAUUGGAACAAGUGUUUGAGAAAUACACCACUGUCAUAGUUCGUGGUGAACGUGUAAACGCAAAGACAGAUUUCGACAUUAGUCCGUAUUUAUUAGAUCUGUCUACUCCAAUAGAGAACGUUCCUCUUGAAAGUGGUGGUAUAAAUGCAAGUUAUGAUACAGUGGUAGCAAAUCAUCAAUCAGAUAUGGAAGUUUUAGGAGACAUCUUUAAUUCGUUUGGAAAACCUGAAAAUUCCGAAGUUACUUCGAUUUCUAAUGCAAGUCUUUUAAUGACCGAUUCAGUUAUGCAGCCACUCAAUGUUUUACCUAAAAGUAAAAAAGAUGAAUUAAUCAACGUGUCUGAAAAGAAAAUUGACAGUAAAGCAAGAGCACUGGAGGAGUUGAAUGAAUUGGGAGAAUCUUUGCUUAAGCAAAGUUUAUCAGGCACAGUGUCCAAUUCACGUUUGAAAUCGGGAAGUUCUUCACAUUCUUCUGAUUCAUUAAAGACUACAAACGUGAAAAAUGACAAAACGUGUAAUAUUCGUUUCGUAUCAAACAUUAAUGUUCCAUCUCAAGACGGUACAAAUUUUAAAAACGUCAUGGACUGUAAUGUAAAUGAUAAGCUCGAUACGAAUCGAUGCAACGAUCGAUUAAGCACAUGGGACGCUAUUUCAUUAACAUCGUCGAUAGAAAAUUCCCUUAAUCCAGAACCUGAAAUCAAACCGUUAACAGACAUUAAUAUUAGCCUUCAAGAUAUAAAACCAGGUAAUCGUUAUUCUUAUUUGCUUCAUUUUGCCUUAGAUAAUCCAAGACAAGAUGUGUUUGUUGUAGUGAUUACAACAAUGAGUAAGAAUUUAAAGCCGCUUAGCAAUUACUUGUUUCAAGCAGUGGUGCCAAAAAGAUGUAAAUGUAGACUCCAGCCACCUUCUGGAACUGGAUUGCCUGGUCAUAAUCCAUUUCUUCCCCCAUCGGCAAUUACUCAAAUUAUGUUAAUUGCAAAUCCUACUAAGGAAACAGUAUCAUUGAAGUUCAUGUUAAGUUACACAAUGGACGAUGAAACAUUCACAGAAAUGGGAGAAGUAGAAAAAUUGCCUUUAGUUUAAUGUACUUAAAGUGUAUUAAAAAAAGGAAAAAAUACAGAUCCCAAUAGUUAGAAAAAGGAUUAUUUUGCAAAAUUGGAUUUUUAGAAUUGGUUA